CUCGAUGUCGACCAAAAACUAAAGAGUUCCGAACAGAGAUUGAUCGAAAGAAGUUACGUGAAACACCUCGAAUCAUUAAACAAGAACAAGACUCUCCCGCAAUUCGCUCGAGAUCACACAAGCAAGCUGAUAAAAGAGCUAUCUUUCGAAACAAGCAUGUCUCAAUUGGUGGUGCUGACGUUGCUAGAGUGCAAAAAAAAUAUGAGGUAGUCGAAGAAGCUUCUACAGAGAAAAAGCGGAAAGACGAGGAUGUCAUCGAAUCGACACCACCCACAAAAAAGUCUAGGUCAGAUUAUGAAUCACCGUCUUCAUCUGAAAUGGAGAAAUUACCUUCGCUAGUAAAUGAUUCAGUUUAUGAUGACGAAGAUGAUGAAAUUACGAUAAUAAGAGAUGUUCCUCAACUAUCUUUAGAGAAUAGAGAUCUUGAAGGCGCUUUUUUUAUAGAAGGAUGUAAUAUUUCAAAAUUAUUUCGACAAUAUCAAAACGAAUCAAUUAAUCUUGCCAAUUCUGAUGGUUUAUAUGUUGAGACAAAUGUCCACGAAAUUUUAGCUUUGACUUCAAUAUUUAUGCUUUCGCCAAAUUCUCAUUCCGAAAUGAUGAUUAACACCUUUGGUUCCCACUUAUUGGAUAAAAUACAUAAAAGAUUCUUUCCAACAAAUAAACGAGAAUUAGAUGCGGAAUGUGAAUCUAAAUUUAGGAGAAUAAUAAAGCAAUCAAUCAACGAUUCACGAGACAGUGCUAUUAAAUCCUCAUUAGAAUACUUAGCAGAAAAUAAUUCAAAGGAAAAUCUAGGAUUUGUAAUUUUAGAAGGGUUGAGAUCAUUACCUAAUUUGAAAUUAAAAGUCAACCAAGCGAAAUGUCGACUCAAAGAAAGUAAAGCGAGAAAAUUGGAAGGCAGAGCUAGACAACCCGAUUUCAUAGUAUCAGCAAUUCAUCAAUUAGAAACAAACGGAACACUAUUUAUAGGCGAAGUAACCUCUCCUGCGGAAAAAGGAAAUGUACAUAAAAACUGUAACGACUUGAUUCGCGUUGGUGUUUUUAUGAAGGAAUGUAUUGAUUCAGCCAUAGAUAAAGGUGCAGAUGUUAAGCUUUUAGGAUUUCAGUGUAUUGAAUAUACAAUUGAUUUUUACGUAAUGGAACUUAGUGCUCCGGGGCUAUAUUUUAUGUAUCAUAUCGGUCAAGCUUCGAUUCCCACCUCAGUAAAGUCAAUGACACAUUUUGUUGAUGAUAUAGAAACUUUUCUAACAAGCAAACAACAAAAGUAUCAUUUAAAUGUGAGACCUUAUCUACACCAAGUUUCAAUCAACUUGUUAGCAAUACGUGUAAUGUCAAAAGAAAAUGCUCUUUUUGGUUUGGAAG